AUGAUCCUGCGCCGCACCCUCCACGCCGGCAGGGAGCCAACACCUCGAGGUGUUAGCAGAGAUGCCAGACGUUCGGCCUGGCGUGGGAGUGGCCUUCUGACCCUCCAGAGACACAUCCCUGAUGCUGUCACACAUUUCAGUGAUGUCACAGGUCCCCUGCCUGGCAGCUCCAGUGCCAUCAUAUGUUGCUCAGCCCGUGUGCUGGCUGAACUCCCCUCUCUUCCUAUCCCUCAGAUACAAGAUGAGAAACUGCAGGAUGACAAGAUAAAUCAGCCUGUCAGCAAACUAAUUGAGCGGAACCGACUUAAAAUGGUAUUAAAAAACUUGUCCCUCUUGAAGUUACUCAAGAGCUCGAAUAGCCGGAUCCAAGAACUGCAUAGCCUGGCCAGAAGGUGCUGGAAUUCAAUGCUCAGAGUUCCAAAGAUCCUCCAAAUCUCCUCUGGGGACAACAAUGUCUGCAAGAAAGCAAAACAAGAUAAUGAAGAACUCCAAGAAGUUAGGACCACUGAGAAGAAACCGGAAUCUAAGACAGCAGAAUCCAUAAGGGAACCUGAGACAAAAACGUCCAAUGAGUGGAAGUCCAAGGAAGGGUCACAUGGGCCACCUGCAGCGGUGUCACGGAGUAAAGAGCAGGCAAAGGCUACAGUCCCCAAGAUAUCAGAGAGUCUUGGCUUGCAUACCAGUGACCAGAAGAGGAAACCACAUGUUAAGCCCCAAGCUGUCGUCCUGAAGACCUACCAUCACAAAACUCCCAUGACGGACACGAAUCCACUGGACGUAACUGACCAGUUUGUGUGGUUUGAGGGGCUCCCCACACGCAUCCGCCCCCCAGGGCGCCGUGUCAUGUGCAGAGCAUCUACCCUACGCUGCACCAAGCGCCCCUGCACCCGUUUCUGCUCUGUGUCACUCUGAGCUGCCUAUGUG